AUGAAGGUGGUGUACGUCAAUGACAAUCCCAUGCUCCCUAAGAUUGUGGUUGACAAAGAAGUGAUUGAAGGAAUGUGUGCCCCAUGGAGGGAUGCGCUCGUGGUUGGCCUGCUGGGGAAGCGCGUGGGGUUCAGAACGAUGAAGGCUAAGUUGACAAGCAUUUGGCGACUGGCGGGAUCCUUCGAUUUGCUGGAUGUGGAUAAUGGCUUCUACAUCGUGAAGUUUGAUAUGGAGCCGGACAGAGUGAAGGUAAUGGAAGGAGGUCCCUGGAUGGUGUUCGACCACUACCUCGCAGUAUCUACUUGGAGCCCGGAGUUUAUCUCGCUGGCGGCCAGAGUGCGGAAAACACUUGCGUGGAUCCGUAUUCCGGGUCUAAAUGUGGCCUUUUAUGACGAGAGUUAUCUCAUGUCUGCAGCAAGGGUCAUCGGAAAGCCAAUCAGGUUAGACAAGAAUACACUGAAAGCAGAGCGAGGCCGCUUUGCCAGAAUUUGUGUUGAGUUAGACCUUGACAAGCCAGUGGUGGGCAAGGUGUGUCUAGAAAAUUACUGGUACAAAAUUGAGUAUGAAGGCCUCCAUGUUCUCUGCUCCAAGUGUGGCUGUUAUGGCCAUUGGUCACGGGAGUGUCAGACCUCUAAGUCGGCGGAACAAGCGGCGACGCUAGAACCCGUAGAGAAAACCCAAACUGGUGCAGGGGAGAAAACUCAGCAAGCGGCGGCGAUACCCGGCGAGGUGGUGGCGCUAGGUGUUGACUCGGUGGGACCCACGAAUGCUCAGGGCAUGGAGGAUCUGUUACUAAUUAAUCGUGGAGCGGAAAAUGUGGGCAUUGAUGGGGGGAAUAUUCAGGUGGACAAAAUCAAUUUAAAUGGGGAUGAUGCUGACGUGGAAACCCAUGGGGAGUGGAUGGCGGUUAAGAGAAGAACCAGGAAAAAGAAACCAACAGCUGCAGUCAAGGCAGUUAAUGAUCAGAUGGGAAAAAAGAAAAGCAAUUAUAGCAAAGGGUCAACAGCCCCUAGUAAUGAGGUGCCAAACCAAAGGAAAAAAACUGAUGAGAAUCUCAACGGAAAUCAAGGCAGGAAUAAAAGGAUUGAGGGGACCAAGUCCACAACGGUUUCCGAGGAGAAUCUUAACGGAAAAAUUGGGAGGAGUAAUGGCAAAUUGAUUGCCAAUGAUAUGGCUCAUGCGUUUGGAGGAUAUAAGGAAUCUGUCAAGGAUUUAUUAAUCCAGCCGCGUGUUUUCCAUUUUGGUAGCACAAGUGGGUCCAACUUGGACUUGCUACACAACAAAAAGAGACGUAUGAGGGGAGAUGAGUGGGACCAUGGAGGAUUAAUACCAAAUGCCCAAUUCCCUUUGAAAAUAAAUGAUGGGCAGCAUAUUGAAGGCACUAUGGUAGUGUUUGAUGAGUCAACGCAGGUGCGAGAGAAAGAUGACAUGGAAAUGGGUGAGCCCACGAGGGAAGAGGUUGUGGAUAAUCAGACCUCAAAUGAGUAA